AUGGGCACUACGAUAGAGGAGCUAGAAGGAAUGUUCGACGACCACCCCUCGUUAAACGCAUCUCUGCAGGACUUCGAACAAGGAAACAUAGAGAUAGAUCACAACCCACCUCGCCGUUUUGGUUAUCCUUCCCAGCAUUCGGGCUUCCGCAGCGACACGGACUCGGAGGACGACCUAAGAGACUCGGUAUCCAGAGGUGGCUACAGUCCGCCAGCAUGGAGACGAGAGGAAAACGGCAACCGAAGCAGCGGCUUUUGGAAUCGGCGUAGUAAUAUAUUGGGAAAGAGGCACAGGGAACUUUCUAGAGAAAGCAGUCCGGAAUAUGAGAGUGCUGAUGAGGGAGGUGGAUCUGAUCCGACUCUUGCCGCAGCGCUAAGAACCAGAUUACCAACCGGUUCAAUAUCACCGGAAAAGAAGAGAAGCCCCUCGCCAGGUCCAUAUCCUUCGGGAAAUGAUGAUUUUGGAAAGAUGUUUGGCGCGGUAGUUAAACAGGAGGAUGGCCACGAAGGCGCUUCGGUACCUUCCAUGGAGAACCCCAACAACUUUAUUCGAUUCGCAUUUAAAACCGAAGUACAACAUCGUACAGAACCGUUUGAAGCUGCAUUUUCAUCUAUGAGUUUAAAGUUUGAGAAGAUCAUGAGUUCAUGGGCUUCCGUAUGCAGUGCGCUUGUGAUCGCGAUUAUUUCCAUCUUGACAUUACGAACACUAUUUCAACCUUCACAACUACCACCAGUCCCGGAUCUUAUUAAGGUCGCGGGACUUGCAAGAGCUUUUGAACCUCUAAUAUUCUAUUCAGAAAAUGGAAUUCAACAAAUCGGCGAUAUACAGCAGACUGGUAUUGCGGUCUGGGAUCUUGGUGAGAGUGUACGCUCAACAAAUAUGACGUCUGCGCCUGUCAUUGUUGCAGAACUCGAUGAACUGAGUGAAACCCUCAAAACUUUGUCUGUUGAGUUAACCAGAUUCUUUGCUAAUGUUGACGGAGAUGUGGAUGGUAUCUUGAUCGUUAUGGAUUGGGCAAAACGAGAACUUGCUCAACUAAAUCAUCUGCCGCCAUCUCCUCUUAAUUCAGCUUUUGAUAAUAUACACACGCUUCUUAGCCGAGUAGGAGUUUUCGAAACUCCUACUGGAACACCGACCAAAAUUGGCGUUGUCGCAACGAAUAUAUUCGGCAUGUCAUCGCCUCAAAGAACACGUCAAACACUUCAAAGAACAUUCAACGAGUUCCUAUCAGUGCUUGAAGACGCUAUUAGUUCCGAGCUCAACCAUGCUCUUCAUCUCUUUGCCAUCUUCGAAAAGAUCGAUCAUCAAUUCAAAGCAUUAUCUCGCAGCGCAUCCCGCGAGCUAGAUACCCAAGAAAUGGACGAAGACAAACUUCUCUCUUCACUCUGGACCAAACUUCUCGGUCCCUCCUCCAGUACCCUUCACAAAUUCGAGAAGAACAAAAAGCUUCUCGCCAAUAUCCGUUCUAAGACUAUUCAAAACAAAUCUGUUCUUCUCGAUCAUAACGGCAAAUUGUUAACAUUACGAGCAAAUCUAGAUUAUCUAAGGAAAAAGUUAGUUAGUCCCCUCGUAAGGACAAAUAGCAGUACGAUUCGAGUCGAAGAGCAGAUUCAAGGUCUAGAAGAUGCGAGUGGAUAUUUAGGAAAGGUUAGGGAAACGCAAAAGGGGAAGUUGAUGGAGAUGCUAUAUGGUGCAGGAAGCGGGAGCGCAAGGAGAGUAGCAGGAGCAAAGGCGGUUGAGAUUGAAGGGAGAUGGGAAUAA